AUUAAUACUAAAAAUAAAUAAACACCUCUUUCAACCUCCCCUCUUAUCUCCUCUCUGCGUUUCGCCCAUCGUUCUCUCUUAGUAACAGCCGUUUAAGGUCCAAGAAAAUAAAGAAAAGCUAAAGAAAUAUCUUUAAAACAAACAGAGAUCGCCCAGAACGAAACCUGUUUCAUUUAAGGCUUGUUUUCGGCUGUUACUUUGAGAUAAAAUCAUGGGAUUUCUCCAUAAGCUCUGGGACGAAACGCUCGCAGGGCCUGCGCCCGAUACAGGGCUCGGCAAACUGCGUAAGUAUGAUUCUUUCUCUGCUUCCACACCAAGAUCUGCUCCUGCUGCUAUUCCUCAUGAGGAAAUGGCUAUCACUCGAAGCAUUACUGUUCUUAAGACUCAUUCCAAUUUCAAGAACUUGUCUGUGGAUCCUGGUUCGGCUCCUGAUUCUCCUGCUGCCUGUAGCACUCCUGGGACUCCAUUCUCACCUGGGACACCAAGUGAGGAAUUCAAGAGACUGACGAGGAGAAAAUCGUCUGCUGAUGCACUACUUCGUGCUGAGCCUAGAAGUCCGACCAUUCACGAUUGGAUGGUGAUGAGUGCUUUGGAUCGUUGAGAGAGGAAAGUGACGAUUUUGGUUGAAGAAUCGGCAACAAUAUAUAUAUUAUUCUACUCUUGUACAUAUAGAUCAACUUUCUGAUCAUAUCUUGGGUGCUUCUUCAUAUGCAUAAAGAGAUGUGACGGCCAACUAUAUAAAUAUUAAUAUAUAGCUAAAAAUAGUAAGAGUGCAAGGUUCGAUGGAUUGAAUAAUCGCAAAGAAGGAACCAACCGCUGGUAGCUGCUUGUAAGAGUUUACGAGAGAGGAAAUUGAAGUAGGAAAACCGACUUUUCUUUGGAUUUGAGAGCUGUUUUCAGCUUAUAUAAAUACGUAUAUAUUGGGGUGUUUGUUUUUCUUUUUCUUCUUGUAAAUAUGGUAUUUUCUUCUCAAUUUCUUGGAUUUGUAAUUUGGUGGUGUUGUGGUCUUGUACAUAUAUAUAUGGACUACUAUGUAUAAUUAUGUAUCCUCUUUCUGUGAAA